UUACUCGCAACGUGCUCUUUGAAAUAGACGGACGCAUGUACAUGUCGCGUGUGCGUGUGUAAUACGCAUAGCUGUGCACGUGCGACGACGCGAUCGACCAAUGCUCUCUCUCUUUCUCUCUCUCUCUCUCGCUCGCUCGCCGAGUUCGAGGCUUUUCUCGGCGUACCGGAGAUAAUUCUGGACCACAUAGGCGGCGGCGGCGCGUCGUUUCCGCACUUUUAUCUCUUAUUGAACGUCCUAUUCAUUUUUUCUGAUUAUUCGAAUUCAGAUAAUUCUACAUAGAAAUGAUCUCUUCCCGCGUAACGACUCCGAUGAUGUAGAUCGUUUUCUCUCCUAUUGUAAAAGCUGGAAAUUUAUUAACGACUUUCCGACGAGAAUUUUGUCGAUUCGAACUGUGCUCCGUUUAUUUUCUGCAGCUCCAAUUUCCACGGCUUUUUCGAUUCGCCGAGAUUCCUUGAAAUCGCCUGAUCGUGAUUUGAGAACGUGUCGGCCGAUCAUGUCGCCGAUUGUCGUGGCGCUCGGCGUCGUUUAUGUCGAUAAUUUAUGUAGUCUGUUCUUUAUAGCUGAUUAAUGUACACUCAUCGUACUUAAAAUGUAAUAAAUAUAUAUUCAAAGUUUGACAAAAGCGAAGUAGAAGGUGUAGUGUAGCCCAGUGUAAAAAUGGAAAAUAAAUCUAAUAUCAAGCUACAUUCUCUUGCGCUUAAUCAGAUUUCUUGUUUUACGUGUAUUUUUCUGACAGGACGUCCGUUGCGUCCGUUGCGUCCGUUGCGUCCGUUGCAUCACGUCGUGUCGUAUCGCACGUAGUCGGCAAUUCUGAUUCAAUUAUGGAUCCCGGUAUCCUUUCCCGGCUGAUACCGCAGAGCAAGGAGCAAGUGCGACCCGCCUGCAAGAAAUGCGGCUACGCCGGGCACUUAACCUAUCAGUGCCGCAAUUUCAUCAAGAUCGAUCCCAACAAGGAGAUCGUCCUGGAUGUGAGCAGUACGAGCUCGGACAGCGAUGAGAAUUACAUCACCCCGCUGACGGAGUUGCGCGAGCGUGAGCUGCGGAGGAAGCUGCGGGAAGCGCGGAAGAAGCGCAGGGAAAAGAGGUCCAAGAAGAAACGCAAGAGGAAGCACGAGAGCUCGGAGGACAGCAGUGACAGCGACAGCGAUAGCGACAGCGACAGCGACAGCGACAGCGAAUCCGAGUCCGAGUCGUCGUCCAAAGAGAAGAAGCGAAAGCAAAAGAAGCGGAAAAAGAGCUCGAAACGCAAGAAGCGCAAGAAGCAUAAACGGGAGCGUAGCACAUCCGGGAGCGAAGGAAGCGACAAGAAAAAAUAAAUCGUUCACGAGUUCCGGAGUUCCUGAGUGACCUCCAAUUCUUUCCAGUUCUUUCCGUACUGUGAAUAUUGAACGGUAUCAUGACUAUAACGUUUCGGUAAUCCGCGCGCGCACGCUCGAACUCACGUCUCGACGUUUCGACGAGGACAUCACCUUUGCCAUCGUUCCACUGACUCAGACUUUGUAAAUAAAAGCUGUGUGCAUUCUUUUCUUUAUAAGGAGCUUAUAAUUUCUACCGCAAUAUUCUUAACAAACGUCGUGACGUGAACACG